AUGUUUCAAAUUGCCACUAGAACCAUCCGAGCCGCGAGACCGGCAGCUACAUCGACAUGGCGAACCUCGCCAUGCUUCAGAGCCACUUUCCACGCCUCGGCGGCUACGAGGACCCUCUUCAGUGGUAAACCAAAGAACCCCAACCCCGCAGAGCGGAAACAAGCCAGUCCGCCACAAUCACCACCACCGUCAUCAGCACCUCCGACACACGCCGUUGCAACACCGGGCCCGACAGAAGCAGACUUCCAAACGCACCCAAUCCUCAAACGCAUCCCCAAAUUCCUCCGCAGCUACGCCCUGAAAUUCAUCAAUGCCCCCUUUUCCCACCUCAUCUCCUUCCUAAUCCUCCACGAACUAACAGCAAUCAUCCCCCUUUUCGGAAUCUGGUACUACUUGCACCACCAUCCGGGCAUAGUCCCCUUGGAUCUCCCGCAAUGGGCCCUCUCUAAAGGCUCCAAGGUGUUGGAUUCGCUCUUGGAGCAAUUCCAAUGGAAUUUCAACACCAGUGACAAAAUUGUGUUGAUGAUGGAAGGAGCGUAUGCGUUCACGAUUGUCAAGUUGUUGUUACCGGUGCGGGUCGUGAUUAGCUUGUGGGGGAUGCCUUUGUUUGCUAGAUGGUUUGUGUUGCCUAUUACUAACUUGCUUCAUAAUUUGAGACAGAUUAAGCGUAUUAAAAGGGAGAAUGCCCAGCUUGCGAAGAAAAGGGAGCCUAAACAGGUGGAUAAGCCUCGCUUGUGA